GCAAACAGUUCGUUACCCCUAAUGGUAUUUUUAAUUUAAUUUUUUUAAAAAUAAGCUCCUCAUCUGAAACAUUUCGCUUGGCUCCAGAUGCGACCCCAGAGUCUGUUUCUUCUUGCACAGACAUGUGGAAACUCUUCCCAAUGGCAAUACUGGCAGCCAGCAUUUUGACCACGAUCCACAGUAGCCUCCUCAAUUUCAAAUUCAUGAUCCGGAGAAUUACUGGGAAAAGUGCCCUAAUUUCCUAUAAUGGGUAUGGAUGCCACUGUGGACUGGGUGGGAGAGGGCAGCCUCUGGAUAAGACAGACUGGUGCUGUCAUGCCCAUGAUUGCUGCUAUAAGGAGUUAACCAACCAGAGCUGUCACCCAUUUUUCAAUCAUUAUCGAUACUCCAUCAUCAACAAAGACAUUAUGUGCUGGAACACAAAUAAUGCCACCUGUGCAAAGCGAGCGUGUGAAUGUGACCGGACGGCGGUCCUGUGUUUCAGAAAGGAAGCAAGCAGCUAUCACAAAUGA